CCCAAGUCGUGGAAACAUUGUUUACUUGCUCAACCGGUCGGUUUUUAUAACUCAACUGAAUAUAUGUUGGGAGUUGUGCACCCAACAAACUUGGACUUUUGAGGAAAUAGCUUUCCUUGUUAACUUGAAGAUUUCACCAAACCGUUUGCUUGAAGGUUCACGCGGUGAGCCUGCCUAUAUGUCGCACAGGGUUCCACAGUUUUUUACAUGAUGGAGUUCUCACUUUUGCAAGCCCUCGUCUGCUUCCAGUUGACUUUCCAUACCCACGCGUUGCCAACAAGAAAGAAUUAUGACAGUAACAUCUCUUCAGAAUUUGGUCUUAUGCUAACUCGAUUAAGAACAGCUUACUCCUCCAAGGGAAACUAUGUUAAUGAACAAAAGACACAAAACACUAAAUGGCACAAUGUAGACAUACUUCUACCUACUCAAGCAUUCCGGGGUCAAAAAGAUCACAAAAGUCACAAAUUACCAGGAAAAGAUUCAGUAGACGUGGCACAAAUCCGUCGUGCUGUUGAGCAGUUGGACAAUAAGAAUGAUAUAAAACUUAACAGAACGGAGACUAGUGCCAAGAUGAGAGUGAGAAGAGAUUCUAAAGCUAAGGAAAUAUUGAAAACCUGGUUUAAAGCAUGGGCUAAGCACGCCAAGCAGACAACAAAGAAACCCACAGGAAAAGUCAUUCACAACGGGAAAGUAUUUGAUCUGACAAAACUGACUGCUCACUGUUGUAUGGUGGGUUAAUUCCAACUUAAUCCUAAGCAUGUUACAAAACCAUAAUAAACAUGGAUAUAAGUCUGACUAUAAAAUCUAACCAUCUACUGCAUGUGACAUCACAAACCGAUGUUGGCUACAAACUUCCUCGAGUGUGGUGACAAUGUCUAUGCAGAUAAACGAAAUGAAGGGCUGUGAAAUUUCACUAACACUUUGAAAACGCCAAAACAGUCUUCUUAAAAGGCGUGCGAUUCCACACACACUAGACAGGCAGAUAUUUUAAGUGAAUACAUAGGCUACUGUUUGGCGGUUAUAGACAUGGAAUUGACGCCUUCGUUCACAGGAACAAAUGACUCAAGUGUGUAUAUAAAAAAUGAAUCAAUUGCUGUCUUUAUCCUUUUUAGGACAAAGGGAUGAUGUUUCGUUAAAGACGACUUGCGAUUUGGAGUUGCAAUAAUUCUAUUACUAAAUGUAUUUACAGACAAUUGGAAAAUAUGUAUAUUAGAUUUGUACACAGUAGUAAGCUUAAGAAAUAAAGCUGUUGCUUUCGGUGUUUAAUAGGCAGCUGUAGGCACAAAGCAAAAUA